AGUUUGGGCAGAUGACUGUGCCCCUUAUGUGCGUCCAGACUUCACUCUCCAACAAGCUCAGUCCUGCUUUUUGUUCUGCUCAGGAACAUGCACCAACCGGUAUUGCGCUAUAUACUCCCUGGAAAUGAAUUAAAUCAGACCCAGUUCAUGUGUAUUUUGAACAACCUCUAUGUGGUCAUUGGAAUUGGUAUUACGCUCUUCUUAUUACUAGUUGGCUCCAUCGUCUGUUGUUUUUGCAGAUGCAUGUUCAGUUCUUGCCUUGGUAACCGUUCACAGCGUAAGUAAUGU